GUAGAAAGGGGGAGAGGGUGGAGACAAAGUAAACAGAUCUGAGGAAGUUCAAUCAAAAGACAGAAAGGCUGUUGGACAAGGCUGUCACGUAACGCUUUUAAAGAAUGGAUCCGUCACGUCCAAAGCUUAUUGACUUCCACGGUGUUUCUAUGACACAUAUUUUCACGGACAACUGGGACAAAGUCCAGAACUUUAAAGCUAAACCAGACGACAUUGUUGUUGCCACUUACCCCAAAGCAGGCACCACUUGGAUCUGCUACAUUCUUGACCUACUGUAUUUUUAUCAGACGUGUCCUGAGCGUGAAAAAUCUAUCCCUAUCUAUGACAGAGUGCCAUUUUUAGAGUUGAUAUGCCCACCGUAUCCUACAGGAACAGACAUGGCAGAUACACUGCCUACCUCUCCUCGCAUCAUCAAAACUCAUCUGCCUGUUCAAUUUCUACCCAAGUCCUUCUGGGAGCAGAACUGCAGGAUUGUUUAUGUUGCUCGCAAUGCUAAGGAUAAUGUUGUUUCCUAUUUCCACUUCGACUGCAUGGAGAAAGGUCAACCAGAGCCAGGAGACUGGAGCAGUUUCUUACAAAGAUUCAAAGAUGGAAAGAUGGUGUUUGGCUCCUGGUUUGACCAUGUGUGUGGAUGGUGGGAAAAGAAACAGACGUACUCCAAAAUCCACUACAUGUUCUAUGAGGAUCUGGUGAAGGACACUGGACGUGAGCUCAAAAACCUUUGCUCCUUUCUUGGUUUAUCCACUUCAGAAGAAGAGAGGAAGAAAAUCUUACAAUGUGUUCAGUUUGAUGUCAUGAAGGCAAAUCCUAUGACUAACCUAUCUAAUGAGCCAUCACUAGACUUCAGUGUCUCUCAGUUCCUGCGUAAAGGUAAAGUCGGCGACUGGAAGAAUCACUUCACCGUGGCUCAGAACGAGCAGUUUGAUGAACACUACAAGCAGAAGAUGAAGAACACAACCUUACAGUUCCACACAGAGAUUUAGGGUGGUAUCUGGAGAAAAUCCCAGAGAGAAAAAUCUAGUUGAAACAACAAUGAUUAGUUAAAAAUCAGUAGUAUUAAAUCAACAUAAAUUUACAAUAUUUAUUUAUAAUCAUCUUUCACAGUGUAUGAAUGUUAAUGUAACCAGACUACACUUGUGUAAAACAUAAAGUUGUGACAUAAUUGUAAUUGUAAAAUAAUCACUUAUGGCCUACAAUUAUUAUUAUUAUUAUUAUUAUUAUUAUUAUUAUUAUUAAUAAUAAUAAUAAUAAUAAUAAUAAUAGAAAAGAAAGAAAGAAAGUAUAGCUAUUUUCUAAAAAUGUCAGGAAAUAUGUCAGUCCAUUGACUCCCUCCUCAUGAAAGAAGAAGACCUAAAGUUCCAAGAAGUUCCACAGAGAAAAUAAAUCAAGGUUAGAAAAACAAGUCCUCUGCCACAUGAGCCAUCUACUGACAACUGAAAAGAAUGAAUCAGUGAAUGAACUGAAUAAUGAAUUAUACCUAAUGCCUAUGUCUCUGUUGUGCCUUUCAUGACAGUAAGAAAUUCAACAGACAUGUAAACGAAAAAAAAAAAGUACUGAAAUAUUCCAUUUGGUGAACACUGUUGUUACAAACCCA